CACCUGGAAGGGGCAGCCUCUUUACCUUUUCCGUCGUAGAUCGCUUCAAUCAAGGAGCCCCCUUCCAAAGAAAUUGUCACUUCUCCCUGCUCAACAUCCCUCAUGACUCACGCCAUGUGACAGAGACGUCCCUGGAAUGAAGGGCCUGUGCUUGUAUUAUCAUAUACUAGGCCUUGCACGCCCGCUUAUCGCCACGUGGGGAUCAUCCUUGGUAGCUGAUCUCGCGCCAGAAUGGCAGACUUUGGUGAGAAGGUGAAAUGGAAGAGGGCGAGAGCGCCGAAAGUGAGGUCUGGCUGUAGAACAUGCAGAAUCCGCCACCUCAAAUGCGAUGAACGAAAACCCACGUGUUUCAGAUGUGAAAAGGACAAACGGACGUGCGACGGCUACCUUGCUCCCUCAGAAAGCAAACCAAAGACAAAAUCUCUCGCCCUCCAUAGAAAGCAGUAUGACCUCAUAUCUCGCCGCCUCGCGACAGCCUCAAAGCUUCUUGUCCCAGCAGCUUUAUCACCAGAGACAUUCGGUUCGACGAUAGAGUUGGACCUUUGCCACCACUUCCGAACAUGUACGGUAUCAGAACUUGCGAGCUCGCUCAACGCAAUGAGCUUCUGGCACGCGUAUGCAUUACCACUCAGCCAGACUUCAAAACCCGUCAAGGCUGCCAUUGGAGCGUUGGGAGGGGCGCACAAGGCUUUCAAGCUUCAGACCCAGACCGACUCAUUAACGCAAUCCCUCGCCCAAUCUUACGAGAUCGCAUCCAUCCAGCAAUACAACAAUGCUAUUCGGGUGAUGCAAGAAUACAUGAACUCACCUGAUAAAGACUUUCAGGUUAUUCUGACUUGUUGCUUAAUAUUUAUCUGCACAGAGAGUCUUUACGGCCGCUACACGAACGUAUCGCGGCAUUUGGAAGCUGCAUUCUCUCUGUUGAACGCCUGCGAUCGAUGGGACCUGGCGAAAUUUAUGGAAAACAUCGGCCCUUCAUUAUGCGGCCUGGCUUCUGACCUAUUCUUCUACGUGGGGGACAACCAUUCCUCGAAGCUUGUCUCGGAGAUUACAGAGUGGGCCGAUAAGCAAGACCCGAUUGACCUGGAAGAACCCGGUGAACCCUUUACCUCAGCACAAGCUGCAGCUGCAGCACUGACACGAGUCGAGACGCUUUGCGACGUGGAGCUCUACGCCGAUUGCCCAGACUGUUCAAAUGAUGGGGUUCAGUGCGGCGAUGGUGGGGUUGUGUGCAAGCGACGAGAUAAAGGUUUGGUGUCAGAAGCCUUUUACCAUCAUUGGAGCGCACGAUAUCAUGCUUUCAAGAAGACAUUUGAUCCAUCGAAGGCCUCAGAGUCAGAGUUGUUUCGGUUCAAAGUUCUUGAACUGGAAGAGACUACAUGGCAGGCCACUUUCAAGCUCAACCACAUCGACGAGGACUUGGAAACGGCCGAUUGCAUCGAGAUAUUGAAGAAGGCAGGAGAGAUCAUCAAGAUGACCCAAAGCGAUAAGGGCCAGAUUUUCACAUUUCAGGCCAAUCUUGUCCCACCAAUAUCCUACGUUAUAAUAUCAUGUCAGGACACAAGCGUGCAAUGGGAGGCGGUGAGGCUUCUGCGGUGUCUCGGGAGACGGGAAGGCGUUUGGGAUAGCAGGAAAAUGGCGGAUAUCUACACGAAUAUGAUCAACGCAAAGACAAACAAGCUACUAACGUGGGAGGAUAUUCCGGCUGACGUGCCGCAGCUGACUGAACUUCUUGGUUCGCUGAAGAUGUGAGGACCCUGUUACAGACGGUAGUAGAUACAGUCAAAAUAAUAAUGGACUUGUUCACCUGAUCACCAAAUACCUCCACGACCCUGCCAAGUUGUCUCAUUUCCGCAAUCUCGAGCCGAGUAUUCGGCAGUGUUGAUCAAGCAGUGGAAGAGACCCGACUUUGCUCCUCUGAUUGAAGAAGGGAAAGGAGUGCAAAGGCUCAGGUCACC